CCGGACAAUCGUGCACUACCCUACCGGACAUUGGUGCACUACCUUACCGGACAUUGCUUGAAACCUACCGGACAAUGCCUGAAACCUACCGGACAAUGCUUGAAAUCUACCGGACAAUCUGGCGCUGCCCUACCGGACAUUGGUGCGCGACUCUACCGGACAAUGCCUGAAAGCUACCGGACUCUACUUUACCGGACAAAUUGUCCCUUAAUUAAAUCGCAUUGUCCGGUAACCGAUUAGCCUGUAUGUCCGGUAACAGAUGACCGUAUUGUCCGGCCGCCCCUCCCGCACGUUUGCGGGGCUGGCCUUCAGCCGGCGUGCGACCAGCGCCAGCAAAGCAGCCUUCACUGCGGAGCUCAUGCGCAAGUCGCCGCUGGCGGUACCGCUCCAGCGCGGUCAGGCUGUCCUCACGGUUCACGUGCCAGUGGACACCCGGCCCAUCAUUCCGGGCACCUACACCGUCACGGUCAAGAUGGGCACAGGUGCCCGCGUGUCUUAAGGAGGAGUGAGACAAGCUCACCCCACCAUCGGAAGACUUGAUUUCCCUACCCCGGCUCCCCUGCGCGGGGGCCACCAUUGGUGGUCCCCUGGGUGCGCCCUCCCGGGCGGCAUCGGGUGUUGGCAAUGCCCAUCUCUCGCUCUAGCCGGUAGUACAGGUUUGCGGUGCCCCGGAGUGUGGUGACGCUAUGCAUGUGGAGACGUGUGCAGCAGGCCUUGGCUGCCUGCGGUUUGGCUCCCAGGUCUUUGAGGAGAGUUUCAAGGGUACGGGGGACAGUGCCACCAUGGCCCAGUGUAAUAACGUGUUUAGUAUCGUAGUGCACAGUCCACCCUGCAGCUCGCAUGGCAGUGGCAAGGGUGGCGUGCUGUGCUUGUUUUUGAAUGAGCUUCUCGCUGUGGUGCAGGUCAGAGGUGUAUCCAACUUCAAGGAUGUACACUGGGUAGGCCCCUUUGUUGGCUGGUGGGGAUGUCAUGAAGCGUUCUGCUUCGGACCGGGGGAGGUUCGGGAUAAACAGAAUGUCGGGCCGCAUCCUGUUGAGGUCUGCAGCGGGCACUUGCGGGCAGAGCCAGGACGGCGGCCGCAUGCCCGCACAGUACUCAGGCAGUUCAGCUCGGGAGGUGGCAUCCAUUAUCAUGUAGCCACCACCGUUGUGACCAUGGUGUAGGCAUUCGGCAAUCGUCCGCACUGCAGUGUUGUGUUUGGCAAUCCUAGCGCCAACGAGUUGGGGGUGCGCGCAGUGGCCGGCAAGGUGGCCUGCGGUGCCACGCUCUGGGUCAGAUCCGCGGCUGCGCUGGGUGUGGGCACAGAGACCACAUUUGUCGCUGUCUCGUAGUUUAAACAAAGCCAGCCGGGCCGGGCAGAUGAGGCCUCCCUGACGAGCAUUCUGUAUGAACCGGUGUAGGCCGUGGCUGGCGUCCGAGUUCGUCAUGUACGCGUUACUGGCGCGUGGGUCAAGGCUGGGUGCUGCCUCGGCCCAUUUCUCAGUGUACAGGGUUUUGUUGGCGUAUCCACCACGGCAGCUGGGGGCCAUUGCCCUGGUGAGGCCCCGGUUUAGGUCCGACACGUAGUGCGUGGCUGUGCUAUCGUCGUCCCUGGUGACCGUGAAGGUUGGCCACCAGUGCCGGGCGUGCGGGUCGUUGUCGGCCGGUUUGGAUACAUCGGCGGGUUUUUCCUGGGUGGCGACGGCAGCCGCCCCUUUAUCGGCUUCCUCGUUGCCGUGUAGCCCGGUGUGCGAGAUCACUUUUAUCAGAGCGGUGGGUGCGCCCCGGGCGUGGCGUGCAUGGAGCAAUGCCACGACUGAAUCCAGGAGGUCCCGAUGUUUACUCAGAUGC